AUGUCGUCAUCCCUGCUCCAGAUUGCUGGAUGGUCGAUCCUUCCGGACCUAUUGACUAGACACACCCUAUCCUUUGUCUACCAAACUGUCUUCAAAUUCAUUCACCGGUCCCCACCUCUGCAGGGUUCGCCUGCGUACGUCCGCCACUACCGAUACACCUACACGGCUGUUGUGCUUGGUUAUCUCCUGUACAAUUUCCUCGCAGCGUCAACUGCGCUCCCGAAGAAUUUCUACCAGCUACUGGAUGUUCGUCCGGAUAAUGGCGAUAAUAACGAGCUCAAGAUGGCAUUCCGUGCGUUUGCCAGGAAAUAUCACCCGGAUCGUGUGGGUCCUCAGGGUGAAACAUAUUUUAUCCAAGUGCGGGACGCUUUCGAGGCACUCAAAGAUCCUGUUGUGCGGUUUGCUUAUGAUAGGUUUGGCCCAGAUGUCUUGCGAUGGAAAGAGUGUAACACAAUGAAGGAGUACCUUCGCCGUGGCCUUCUCAGUUCACUGGCAUAUCACGUUAUGACGGGUGUGGGGCUUGCAUUAGUAUCCAUGAUUGGCAAACCCAAUCCCAUUGCGGCAGCUUGCGCUGACCGUUUUCACUUCAAGUGGAGAUACUUGUUGUUUGCAGUGGCGCUUGCGCUGGAGUUACACCUCCUUCUUGCACCGUCUUCCCAAAUAACUGAACAAAGUCCCUUCGUAGACCAUGUGUCCUCAAGUGGGACCUUCUUCGACCGCUUCUUCCCUCGCCGGGUGGCGUACCAGCAUAUUCAGUUAUUGCACCAAGUUUUCUUUUUUCUGUCUGUUGCAUUAUCUCGUGUAGCUCCAGUGCUCUUCCCAUCUGUGAUGCGCUCAGAUCCUGCAGUUGAUCGGCAGGUGAUGAAUGCGGUAGCGGAGAGACUCAGCAUGCUUGCUAAGUUGACAGAACGAGAAAUUUCGAUCAUGCAGAACGCAACAUUGCACGCGAUUCUUGACCACGAUUCUUCGAAGGAGGGUAUGUCAACCGAGCCGUCUGAGCUUCCAAACAAGCUAGAUGGUGAUAUCGUGCGGAUACUCACUGAUGCAAUGGAGGACGUUCUCAUAGAGUCCCGGUUGAAGAGCGAAGCUGGGCCGAUGAGGAGUGCGUGGGAUCGAGCGGUGGAGAAAAAGAGGCAACAGCUGAGGUUGGAAAGGCAGGUCGGUGGUGUGGUGUCUUCCCUUGUGGAUGUGCCCAGGGGAAAAUCAGAUCCAGAAGGAGAGAAGAUACCUUCAACUCGACGACAAUCUCUUCGUGCACGAUCGAUGUCACUUUAG